UUGUGCAUUUGGAUGCAAAAAUCAUUUUCCUUUCACAUAAGAAUUCCUACGCCUUUUCCUUGUCACACGACACGUCGUCGUUUAUAGCAAAGAAGAAAACCAGCCCAGGGUUUAUCAAAAAUCUAAAACCCUAGAAUCAGACUCAGGGAAGAAGAAGAAGAAGAAGAAGAGGAGGAUGAAACCCUAGAGGCUAGAUCCAUGGCGAUUUUUCUGAGACGCGCAUUCUCAAACCGAAACCUCCUUCUCCUCCGAAGAUCCUCGGCCCUCCAUGGCGGCGAGCUCCGUCAAGUGAUCAGCUGCUCUGCUAACAAUGACAUGAACUCCGAGACUCAUCACAGGACUCUCACUCUUCCGGCCGUUGGUUUUCCCAGAGAAUCUCGCCGAGGCUUCGCCAAAGGACGCAAAUCUAAGGAUGAUGAUGCUACAAGCACUAUUGAAGUUUCACCCGAUAUUGGACCCACUAUUAAGGCAAAUGCUGCCUCACAGAUGGAGGCGGCAAUAGUUGCAUUAUCAGGAGAGUUGACCAAACUAAGAACAGGAAGGGCAUCUCCAGGGAUGCUUGACCACAUUAUUGUAGAAAUUGAUGGUGUAAAGAUGCCCUUGAGUCACUUAGCUGUUGUUUCAGUCAUGGAUUCCAAAACAUUAUCCGUAAAUCCUUAUGACCCAAAUACCUUAAAAAAAUUAGAGAGCGCCAUUGUUGCAUCUCCAUUAGGCUUAGCCCCCAAAGUGGAUGGUGAGCGGUUGAUUGCAGUUAUUCCAGCGUUGACGAAAGAGCAUAUACAGGCUGUGUGUAAGGUGGUUGCCAAGUCUUGUGAAGAUGCUCGACAAAGUAUUAGAAGGGCUCGCCAGAAGGCAAUGGAUACAGUAAAGAAAUUGUAUUCACAUGCCCCGAAGGAUGAUAUAAAGAAAUUGGAGAAGGGAGUUGACGAGUUGACCAAAAAAUUUGUCAAGUCCGCAGAGGAUAUGUGCAAGGCGAAGGAGAAGGAGAUCACUGGAGGCUGAGUUCCGGAUUUCUUCUUUUGCAUGAGUACACAGUUUUUGAAGAUCCCAAAUCAGUAAAAAGUCCUUAGAAUAUCAAAUAUUUGGUGAUCAAUCAAUGAUAAAGUGAGAUUUUGCCAUGUUUUACUUUUAUUGCUAUGAGAUUUAACCUCUGCCAAAAGGGUCCAUUCUGUUUGCAGCUCGAUGGCAGUUCCAAUAGAAAAUCAUGUAGAAACACAUUUAUAAUGUGAAUGAAUAUUCCGUUUAUAA